CUUACAUUUUUAUUACAUUUAUUAAUUAUUUUUCUAUUGCGUCCAAUCUUAACUGGAAGAAAAGGGUAGGUGCCAAAACAGGAAAGAACAGAGAGACUAUUGAAUUCAAGUUUGCUGAAAUUCUAGGCAGUUCUUCCAGCUUUGCCAUCUCUUGCGGAUUUAUAGUCUAAGGGGAAAUUGACUAUGAAGAAAUCCUUUGAUGAUAAAUAAGCUUAAAAUUAUCUCUAAAAGACUGAUAAUUUCUAGCAUUGGUUUUAAAUUCUGGGGAAAAGACGCAGUCUCACACACUUUGGGGAAUGUAAUUGGUGCUUAUACGUUGUAGUGCUGUAUACAUCGGAAUCUUAAAUUCACAAUAAAUUUCACCUAGCAGUUCCACUAUUUGGAAUUUAUCCUAGAUAAAUAGCUUAAAUUUUAGGAUCGACAUUAAUUCCAUUUCUCCAGCAGUCUUGAAAUAAUUGAGCCACAGCGGUGGUAGAUGGCAAACACAGGAAAGAAUACCUCACAGUGAGGCCGAGACCCAGUCCCCUGAUCUGGAAUCAACCAGUCCCGGCGGUGAGAGCGCCAAACUUUAGCCACUAGACUACCAGGGAACCACAAAGCGCAUACUUUUUUUUUUUCCUCCUUCAAUUGCUUCAGCAGAAAUUACGCUGACAUUGACCUCUAGAAAGCUCCAUCUACCCUUCCUGGUACCACCCGCCCAUCCAAGGAAUAGUCCCAAAAGACUGUCCUCUCCCUGCUUUCUCCAAGUUGCGAGCCCACACGCGACGUGCAGAGCUCUCUCCUUUCCUUCCAGCCAGUGGCGCUCCUCGAACACCUGCCAGGUUUACAAGUCCCGGAGCGAGUUGCAGCGUCCCGGCCGCACCUCACUACCGACCUAAAGAUGCGCCUUUGCUAGGCGGCACCGCGUGGAGAGACUGUCGCUGGUCGGCGGGGCCAGAGCGCACCAGGUUUCCGGGAGGAGGCUGGAGCGGGGAGGCGCCCGGGGUGAGACCGUGGCACCCUCAACAUCAUAAAGGACUCAGAUUCCUGCAUUCCCGACAUCAUAAACGACUCAGACGGAUGCGGAAACCGAGACGGCCUGGAUGGAAAACUCUUUCAAGGAAGACCCCAGGGCCCUGAACGGAAUUCCGGAUAUUUUCUCUACAACGUACUACACCUGCCUUUUCCCAGACUUUGAUCCACACAACUAUUCUCUUUCUUGGUCUGAAUUUUGGCAAACGACAAGCAAGGCAUAGAGAUCGCUUCAACUCGCUACCCGCGGCUCGCCCAGACGUUAGGGUUUUAGGCCGCCGUUAGACUUUGGCCCUGCAGGUCAAAAUCAGCUACUCUAGGCCUGUCUUCUCGGAGGCCAGUAGCAGUACCUGGUCCUCUCCGCGCGGCUUCUCCCGCCGGGUACGCAACCCUGCACCCCUUUCCUGUGACCUGCAGCGAAGCUCGGCGGCAGACCGGGUAUUCAACUGGCCAGGAGUUCUCGAGGCGCAGGUGCGGGUGUGCAGGGACGCGCGCGGUGAGUUUGCAGUUCCUGCCGGCUCCAGCAACAUCCCGGGUCAGUCCGAACUCCGAAGGCGCCAAGGCAGGGAGGGACCGGUAGGUGAAGGGCAGCCGCCCUCUUGCGCCCUGUUUCAGUCCUCCAGUCGCUGUUGAAUGGAGUUUCCGUCUCCAGUCUCAGCCAAAGCAGGCAAGGCGGACAACCUCGGCCUGGCAACCAGUAGUUUUGGAGAAAAGCCUGGCCAUUGUGAAGACAUAGACAUCUUUCUUCUCUGUCCUUCCUUUCAAAGACGGCUGUAAGAGAGCUCUUCAUGAGAAAAUGUCCCAGCAGAAGGCUGGGAUGCAUCAGCCCUCAGAGAAGAAGGGACCUGCUGAGAAGGGAGUGAAUGAGCAGAAGCCUCGGGUUGAGGAAGAAUUCUCUGCUCAAGAGUUAACCCACCUACGGCAGAAGAUGAAGCUUGGGAGAGUGGCCUCUGCUCUUCUCAUCCAGCAUGUCAAGAACACACUAAAGACCUUUGAGGAGCUACUCCAGAGCAAUAACAUUGACCACUAUAUGGAGCAGCACUACUGCGAGCAGCUGGCCAAAGGAAGCCAGCUGGCAGAGAGCCUUGCCAGAAAAUUCAGCACAGAUGACUGUACAAGUAAGAAGAAUCAAGUAGGACAGGUGUCUUCGACUCUCAGUAUCUUGAGGAAGAUGCAUAAUAUGAGUAAAGUGACAGAAGUCCUAGAGACCAAGUGGGAUGCCCGGUCCCAGACUCAGCCCCAGAUCUGGUGCAGCAACCACACCCAGUCUACCCCACAUCACUCCCUGAGCAGCACGUCUCCACAGCUUGACAAGGAGGAAGUGCAUCCUUCAGUGACUGUAGUCAAUGCCAGCCCUGCCAUUUCUGCUGAUUCAGCUGCUUUGCCCAGCAACCAAGGAACCAGGUCUGCCCAGCCCUUCCAUCCUUCGAGCGGCACUGGCCCAGCAGAGCAGGACACUAGAACACGGUAGCAGUGGCCCAUGGGAAGAGAUGAGGCCUCAAAAAAUGAAUGCAUCUGGAGACCUAGCCUCCUUCUCCUCUUUGUACCAACCCAACUCCGAAACCUCUGGUACUGCACAGUCCACUGUAGCCCCUCAUUCAUAUACUCAGAGUCACUCUUCUGGCUGUGGCGAGGACAUCCUGUGACAUGAUGCCUAGAGAGUCUGGAAGAAUGUUCUCCAGAACUUUUCCAGCCCUAUCCAACAGAAUUCUUGGGUGGGAACUUGGAGGCACUGGAUAUUAUCUUUAAAUGAAGAGAUCAAAUUAAUAAAUUAUUUUUAAAAUUA